AUGGCUUCCCAUGAAACUGAGAAUGCAGAGCUGGGGACAGCCUCAGCAGCUGGUACCCCAGGCAGCAAGGUGGGACCACAGGGUGCACAUAAUUCUGUAUACCAGCCCAUUGAUGGAUUACAAGAUAAUCAGAAGGGAAAACUACAAGUCCUUGGAGCCAUUCAAAUCUUGAAUGGAGCAAUGAUCCUGGCUAUGGGUGUUUUUUUGGGUUCCUUAUAGUACUUAUCCCAUCUCGUCAGACAUUUCUUUUUCUUCACUUUCUACACAGGUUACCCACUGUGGGGUGCUAUGCUUUUUGUUGGUUCAGGAAACUUAUCUGUUGCAGCAGUGAGAAAACCCACAAGAAUGCUGAUGCAACACAGUUUUGGAAUGAACAUUGCCAGUGCUACUGUGGCACUAGUUGGGAGCGUUUUUCUCUCGAUAAAUUUAGCAGUUUAUGUCCAGUCAGUCAAGCUCUGUCACUCUUCACAGGCACCGGACUUAUGCAUUUACAUGGGCUCCUCAUCAAAUGGCCUAGUAUCUCUGAUGCUUAUCCUCACCUUGCUGGAAUUGUGCAUAACUGUCUCCAUGUCAGCUAUGUGGUGCAAUGCCAACUGCUGUGAUUCCAGAGAGGCAAUUUCCUCACAUCCCAGUUCUGUGGAAUCAGGAAUACCUCCUGAUAAAAGUAAUUCUGGGAGAAUGAAUAUUCAACCUUAA